GAUUGCCGAGUUGUAGAUUGCGACCUGCACACGGUGGUGUGAAACCAAAAGAUACAGAACAUUCUCGUUUUGCAGGAUAUUUCUGUUCACAUUUUUCCUCUUCCUCCGUGGUUCAAAUCGAUAUAUGCAAUUAUCGUGUUUAUUUUUAAAGAAGUAGCCUAUUGUCAAUGCGGAAACCUUUAUUGAAGUAACCAUCUAGAUAACUUGUUUCUCGAGAAGUGUUCGUGAACCGUGCUUCCCAGCCAUGACAGGCCUGGGGAGUUACUGUGGAGACGAUGGCUCAAUGAGCCAGGCCUGGGUGGAGAACGGGCUCUCGCCCUGCUUCUACUUCACCCUGGUGCCCACCGUGCUGCUCACCCUCGCCGCCUUCUUCGGCACCUUCCACUGCGUGUGCUACCGGCGCUACGGCACGCCGAUGGAGCCAAAGUUCGUCCCGCGGUCCCGUCUGUACGGUAUGCAGCUGGGCGUGUCGGCGCUGCUGCUGCUGCAGUUCCUCGGCUACGUUGUGUGGCGGGCGGCGCAAGGCGGCGUGCUGCCGGGGUUCGUGCUGCUGUAUGGGCUGCUCUCGGCGCUGAGCUGGGUCUGGGCCGUCGCCAUGCUGCGGCUGGAGCGCCAGCGCGUGCUGCUGCGCGAUCGGACCCGCGGGCACAGCACCGUCCUGCUGCUCUUCUGGGCCAUGGCAUUCGCCGCGGAGAACCUGGCCUUUGUCUCUUGGUGUAGCCCCCUCUGGUGGUGGGGUCUGGAAACAACACAAAAGCAGGUGGAUUUUGGACUCUGGCUGGUCCGUUACAUUGGCACGGGGACCCUCUUCUUCAUCGGCCUGAGGGCUCCGGGGUUACCACGGAGACCGUAUAUGCUCCUGAUCAACGAAGACGAGCGCGACGUGGAGCACGGGCAGCCUCUGUCGGCAGGGGCCGAAUCGCAGUCCACCUGGAAGGAUUUCGGGAAGAAGGUGCGCCUGCUGGUGCCCUACAUGUGGCCCCAGGGCAACGUGCUCCUGCAGGGCCUGGUGCUGCUGUGUCUCUGCCUGCUGGCCUGCGAGCGGGCCAUCAACGUGUUCGUACCCAUCUACAACAGGAACAUCGUGAACGAACUGUCGGACGGAAGCAGCUGGAAGACUCUGGUGACCACCGUGUGUGUGUACGUGCUGCUCAAGUUCCUGCAGGGCGGUGGAGCAGGCUCCUCCGGGUUUGUCAGUAAUCUGCGCUCCUUCCUGUGGAUCAGGGUGCAGCAGCACACCAACCGCGUGGUCCAGGUGCGCCUCUUCGGCCACCUGCACUCGCUGUCGCUGCGCUGGCACCUGGGGAGGCGCACGGGGGACGUCCUGCGCAGCAUCGACCGCGGCACCUCCUCCAUCAACAGCCUGCUCAGUUACAUCGUGUUCAGCAUACUCCCCACCAUCGCUGACAUCGUAAUCGCCAUCGUGUUCUUCAUCUCGAACUUCAACGCCUGGUUCGGACUCAUCAUCUUCAUCUGCAUGUUCCUCUAUCUCACGCUCACCAUCGUCAUCACGGAAUGGCGGACCAAGUACCGCCGCGAGAUGAACACUCAGGACAACAACGCCAAGUCCAAGGCCGUGGACUCCCUGCUGAACUUCGAAACGGUGAAAUAUUACAACGCGGAGAAUUACGAAGUGAAUCGCUUUCAGGACGCCAUCCUUAAGUACCAGGUGGCCGAAUGGAAGACCAACGCCUCCUUGGCCUUUCUGAACCAGACCCAGAAUCUGGUGAUCGGGUUGGGCCUUCUGGCUGGAUCUCUGCUUUGUGCCUACUUUGUCACGGAGAAUAAAUUUCGGGUGGGUGACUAUGUUCUUUUUGGGACUUACAUCAUCCAGCUGUACACCCCUCUGAACUGGUUUGGUACCUACUACAGAAUGAUCCAGAAUUCCUUCAUCGACAUGGAGAGCAUGUUUAAGCUCUUCACAGAGGAGGAAGAGGUGAAGGACGACGUCAACGCCGGGAACCUCCUGUACAAGCUGGGGAAGGUGGAGUUUGAGAACGUGCACUUCAGCUACAUGGAAGGGAAGGAGAUCCUGAGGGACAUAUCCUUCACCGUCAUGCCCGGGCAGACCAUGGCUCUGGUCGGCCCAUCAGGAUCGGGCAAAAGCACCAUUAUCCGGCUGCUCUUCCGUUUCUACGACGUCCAGGGGGGCUGCGUCCGCAUCGACGGGCAGGACAUCUCCAAGGUGAAGCAGACGUCGCUGCGGGCGCACAUCGGCGUGGUCCCGCAGGACACCGUCCUCUUCAACGACAACAUCCGCGACAACAUCCGCUACGGCCGCAUCUCCGCCACCGACCAGGAGGUGGAGGAGGCCGCACAGGCCGCCGACAUCCACGACAAGAUCCAGGCCUUCCCCGACGGGUACGACACGCAGGUGGGCGAGCGGGGGCUCAAGCUGAGCGGGGGAGAGAAGCAGAGGGUGGCCAUCGCCCGCACCAUCCUCAAGGCCCCGCAGAUCAUUCUGCUGGAUGAGGCCACGUCCGCCCUGGACACCCAGACGGAGCGCAACAUCCAGGCCUCGCUCGCCAAGGUGUGCGCCAACAGGACCACCAUCGUGGUGGCGCACAGGCUGUCCACCAUAAUCGGGGCCGACCAAAUCCUGGUUCUGAAGGACGGGCAGAUCGCCGAGCGCGGACGGCACGAGGACCUGCUGGCCAAGGACGGCCUCUACGCCGACAUGUGGCUGAAGCAACAGCAGGCCCACGAUUCCGACUCCGCCUCCGACACGGAGAGCAAGGAUCAGCAGACUGAGAAGCUGCAGCCAGUCAGGAGCCACCCGGGUCACUGAGAGAGCCAAUGUGUGUGGAAGGGGGCGGAGUCAGAACAGGCAUUCGUUCUGUGUAUAUUUUUUUUUCUGAUAAGGUGACCACUCAGAUGAGACAUUUGGACUGUUUAAAUUUUGAGCUGUGUCACCUGCUUCAAUAUAUUGGCAUAUAUUUAUUGGAUAUUUUUGUAUUUUUAAUUUGAAACGUUUGCGAGGUAGUGGCACACGGCUUUUUUUAAAGUGUAUAAAUUGUACAUACAAUCAGCUUGUGAUUCAUAAUCUUUCCUCUUUGCUUCAGCUUGGGAUCACUCAAGUGUACAAUGCAUUUUGUUGUAAAAGGGGUUCUUUAUAAAUACAAGUCAAGCUUUCGUUCUGAAACGUAGGUCUGUGAUCGAGAAGCACAGUGCUUACAGCAGAAUUCUGCCAUACGAAUGCCUUUUUAUUUUUUUGGUUUUAGGAGAAGAAACUAGUGAAGCUGUGGUCAAGUUAAGUCACUGGACAUAUAUAUGUCUCCAGCAAACAUGUUCCUUUGUCUUUGCUGGACUCUUAGAAUUUUCAGCAGAAGCACUACUCAUUAAAAUACAGUUCAUAUGCUGUUAAAGCACAAUCAUAAAUAUUUGAUUUCUUUAAAGAAUUAUGUUCUCUGUUCCGAGUUUUCAAAACGGACAAAAUGACAUGAGAAAAAAAAUACUGCAUUCAUUGGGUUUUUGCUUUCCGCAGAAGCUGAGAAUCAGUCGGCAUUCUAUGCAUCAGAAGAUCAGAUUUUCUUUGCUUCGGCUUCUGGUCAUGUGCUGUGUGAUGCGUUUUGCUGCAGCUAGAUCAUUGGCUGGGCUAUUAAAGAUCUCCUACCGUUAGCAUUUUGGUAAUGAUGUUAAGGUUAAGUUGUAAUUAUUAAGUCCCGCCUGAAAGUUUCAUUGUCUGUCAGAUUAACAGAUAAAAUAGAUGAAUUGUAGAUGAUUAGAGGACACGGCGCUGCAGUAGGUUGAAGUGGAAGGAGAGAGCCAAAGUUGGUGAGCCAAAGAGUUUGAGUUUGAGGAGAGCCAAAGUGUUUGAGGAACUGUGUAUGGAUUUUAUGAUUAAAUUUCCUCUAAGGAGAAUUUACGACAGGAUGUAGUUUAAGACAGACUGAAAUAUAGAAUCACGUUAAUAAAUUACCCUCCCACAGCAAUUAUAAAGAUAAAAAUAUAACAAUAAGGGAGUGAAAUCCACUCAGGGAGUUAAGUAGCAUAAACUUAACAGAUGUUAGGCUUGUGAGAAGGGGAGGGGGGAUCUGGGUUAGAAUUAUGCUCUCAGUUUAUUAUGUAUGAUUUUAAUCCUUUCAAGAAUAUCUUUGAUAUUUAUUGUUCUCGCUCUGACCUGUGGUAUGUGUCACAUGUGAGAAAGACACAGCCUUCUCACUGUAGUUCUCUGAGUUCUUAUCCUCAUUGUAUUUGUACCUGAACUAUCAUUUGUAGGAAAGCAGAAGCUUUGAGUGGACCGUUGUUCGUGGUGAUUGCACAUUCUCUGAAAUUGAUUAUUUUGUGUCAGUUCAGUAAUGUAUGAAAAGAUUUAGAAAUGUUUUAAAUGUGUGUGUGUGUGUGUGUGUGUGUAUGUUUCUGAGUGUGUGCGCGUGUGUGCGUGUGUGUGUGUGUGUGUGUGUGUGUGUGUGUAUGUUUCUGAGUGUGUGCGCAUGUGAGCGUGUGUGUGUUCAUGGCAGUACUAAGGAGGCAUAGAGAGCGGCACAUCUAAGGAACGAUGUCUUCUGUUCAUGUUCUCUUAAUCUGUCUGUCCUCAAACAGGUCCAAAGGGAAUUUAAAGGAGGGAAAGUGAACAUUGGUUCUUACAUCUACUUAGAACACUGCACUUAUCUGUUAACCUUAGGGACAAGUCUCAAGAAGGGGAAUAAAAUAUUGCAAUACAUUGUAGAUGUGAAUAUUUUGGAUUUUUCACAGCAGUGUUUUUACAAAAUACUUCCGCAUUUUUUUUAUUUUUAUGUCUGUCCAUAUAUUGUAAAGUGUUUUCAGAUUUUGAUUAUGUAUUCAUUUUCCAUAUAUUGCAAUAUAUUCUAUUUUUUGUUUCUGGCACCAAUGAUCACUACUGGGAAUAAUGGCAGUGGUUUGAACAUUAGUCCUUGCAGAAUAGUGGAAUCAAACUGACAAAGCUUGUGGUCGUCAUUCUUCAGAUGCUUGUAUCAGAGACAGUACCUUUAGCUUAUCCAGUGCUUCAUUACGGGUGAUUAUGAAUCACAGUUGAGUGGCCAGUGCAUAAAACAAGGCUGUGCUGUUCAAAAUGGCCUUAUAAUGAAUGUAAGUGCUGCUCACUUUAUUUCUGAUUGUUAAAGAGAAAGGAGCUACAAUAAGCACUAUUUUGUACUAAUUAAAAUCAAUGUUUCUGGGUUGUUGAGCAAAUCCAUAGUCGGUGGCUUGUUUAUUUGGAAUUUCGUUUCUCACUGUUGUUCCAGGUUGCAUUUGUAUGUCUGAAGUGGAACCAUUUUCCAGGUUAUUGUGUUUCUAUUAAAGGUUAAAGUUGAUGCUCACCAUAGACUUUCAGCUACUUUCCUGGUCAGGUUCAGUGAAUAAAUGAAUAAAUGUAAUGGGUUUUAUUUAUUUACAAUAAAUAUGUUGUUUUGGAAAAUGUAUGAUUUAUUUCUGUACUACUUGCCAAAUAUAUUUUGAGAUUGGAAAUCAGUACAUUUUGUUAAUCAAAGAAAAAACUAUGUUCCAAUUGAAUGACUUGGGAUUAUAACAUUUAUUCUGAUUGUCGUCUUGUUCUUCUGUGACUUGAUUGUGAUUGUGUGUAGGAGUUUGGAACAACAAAACAUGAACAUAUACGACCAAGUGCAUUUAUUUCCCUCAAGCAUUAAACUGAAAGAAUGUC